AUGGCUAAGCGCGACGAUUAUCCAAAAUGUCGAAGACUGAAAAAUCACCAAUUAUCGUCGAGUAUACUGUCAUAUUUACAUAGCAGAACCAGCAGAGCAACUACUCCCUCAUCUCCCACAGAUUCCACUACAUCGACUGUUUCCACUGUUACUACCGUACCACUACUUUCAGAUGAGCAGGAAUCAAUAUACUAUCUUCUUAAAUCAUUUGCCUGGAACCUGUGGGUGGGCCCUUUACCAAUCCAUUCACUGCCUAUUGCUGGAGGACAUGAGAAUCAAUGGUUGUUACCCAAGGGAGUAUCGGAAUUGGGCCAAGUGGCAAAACUUACCUGCUUAAAUGAGGCUUAUUUUUAUUACUGGAUUUAUAGAAAUUGUGGAAAGGUUUUGCCAUUGCACAACACGCUUUUGGAAUGCACUGGAAAGGUUUUAAGGUCUUUGAAGGGCAAAAAUAUCAAUAACAUGCUAACCAAAAGCGUAUAUUCUAGACAAAUCAAAAAUUCAAAGUAUAGAACUGUCCACUAUGAUGUUGUAAAAUCUCUAAAAUCUGAAAAUAAAGAAGUAAUUACCACAAAAAACCACAAGAUAGUUUGUACUAAUGCAGCCGAAGGUUUAAAUGAUAUAACAUUGCAUUUAUCAAAAGAAAACCAUUUACACAUUGGCAUACUAAACUUGCACAAUUUAAUUCCAAAUGCUUCUCAUAUUGUUACAAUGUUUAAGUAUUUACCGCCCUGUUACAACCUCUGCAUUGAGGAUGGAAUGGCGGCUAUUACACUCGAAAAUGUAACGCAUGGGAUGGGGAAACCAGUUGUUAUGGAUUUAAAGAUGGGGACUCGCCUUUUCAGCGGAGAUUGCACAGAUGAAUCGGUUAUACGUAGCAAAGAAGAAAAGGCGAUGCAACGAUCAACAAAGACUCAUGGAUUUCACAUUUCUGGGAUGUAUGUAUGGGACAAAUUGAAGCGUUUGGCGUCCUUUUUACCAGUUAACCUUGCACAUGCGACUAAAGAUGAUUUGUUGCUAUUGAUUGCCUUUGAAAAGUUUUUUUACCUACCUCUGGAGGCCGCUAGCCGCCAAAAAUUGUUAUCAAAAUUCGUAUCAUUGUUGACUGAGUUGAGAAAAUUAUUUCAGAAUCAGCUAGGACUAGUUUUUUAUGGCAGUUCAUUGCUAUUUAUAUACGACUCGGCCAGUUCAUGCCCCUGGAUCACAGCGAAAGUCUACAUGAUCGACUUUGCCCACGUAGCGGUAUCGGAUGUAAUUGAUGAGGGAUAUUUAAAGGGGCUGGACAAUCUGAUUAGACUUUUUUACAUUCUGUCCCAUACGGAAGCUACUCAAUAUUAA